CGCUAAGAAGGGGCAGAUAGAGACAGGGUUGAAACAAAGAAUUCGAUUGUUUUGCACUUUAUUGAAACCAUGUCAUUCUUAAAGACACAAUCAGUAACCCUAAACGUCCUCAGGAAAGGUAGUGGUACAACUCAUACUCCAGCCACUAUUAUUGUCGGUUCCUCGAAAUAUUAUUAUGCAACUACAUCACAACCACAACGUAAAUUACCUAUUAACUUUACAAGCAUCGAAGAGAAAUGGCAGCAACGAUGGAAAUCAAAUAAAUCCCUAAAAGCUACUGUGAAUCCUAUUAAAUCCAGUUACUAUGUACUCUCUAUGUUUCCUUAUCCAAGUGGCAUGCUUCAUAUGGGUCAUGUCCGUGUAUAUACUAUUAGUGAUACUAUUCAACGCUUUCGAAAAAUGAAAGGAUAUGAUGUGCUGCAUCCAAUGGGUUGGGAUGCAUUUGGAUUACCUGCUGAAAAUGCUGCAAUCGAACGAGGCAUUCAUCCUGCUGAAUGGACAACGAAGAACAUUACUGCUAUGAAGGAACAGAUGUCAAAAUUAUGUAUUGAUUUUGAUUGGUCAAAAGAAAUAGCUACAUGCAGCCCAGAAUAUUAUAAAUGGACGCAAUACAUUUUUUUAGAAUUAUAUAAAGCAGGAUUAGCAUAUCAGAAAGAAGCAAUAGUAAAUUGGGAUCCUGUUGAUAAAACUGUUUUAGCUAAUGAACAAGUAGAUCCUGAAGGUAGAUCAUGGCGUUCAGGUGCUUUAGUAGAAAGAAAGAAAUUAAAGCAAUGGUUUUUUAAAGUGACGGAAUUUGCAGAAGAUCUGUUGAAAGAUAUUGACAGGUUGGAAAACUGGCCUGACCGUGUAAAGCAAAUGCAGAGGAACUGGAUUGGAAAAUCUGAAGGAGCAGAAUUUGAUUUUAAAAUUAAAUCAAAAAAAUUAGAAGACUCUAUCAAAGUAUUCACAAGUAGACCUGAUACUAUCUUUGGUGUUCAAUACUUGGUACUUGCACCUGAUCAUCCUUUAGUAACAAAAGAAAAUCUUCCUAGUGAGCAAGCGGAUUCUGUUUUAAGAUUUGUAGAAGAUUUAAAGAAAAAACAAAAUAUGGAUGCAGCUGAGGAGAGUAAAAAAGGUGUUUUUACUGGUCUAUAUGCAUAUAAUCCAUUUACAAAGGAAGAUAUUCCAGUUUAUGUAGCACCUUAUGUACUAUCUGAUUAUGGAACUGGUGCUGUCAUGGGUGUUCCUGCACACGAUAAACGUGAUUUUGAAUUUUGUAAGGUUAAUCAGGUUGUGGAUAACAUACGAUAUGUUGUGGAACCAGUUAUUAGUGAAGUUGGCAAAGAAGUAAAUUUAAAUGUUCCCUUUACAGCAGAUGGAAUUUUGACAGAAUUAUCGGGUUCAUUUAAGGGUAUGAAAUCUGAAAUAGCAAGAAAAGAAAUUUUGAAAGAAGCGCAAAGGAUGGGUGUGGGGAAGCCUGCAAUACAAUUUCGAUUGAAGGAUUGGCUUUUAUCAAGACAAAGAUACUGGGGUGCACCAAUUCCUAUCAUUCACUGUCCAUCCUGUAAUGUUGUUCCUGUGCCUAAAGAGGAUCUUCCCGUUCUUCUUCCUUUAAAUGUUGAAUUUUCAGGAAAAGGCCAAUCACCUUUAGCUCGUAAAGAAGACUGGGUGAAUUGUCAAUGCCCAAAAUGUCACAGUCCUGCUAAGCGAGAGACAGAUACAAUGGAUACUUUUGUUGAUUCAUCAUGGUAUUUUCUGAGAUAUACAGACCCUAAUAAUAAAGAACUGCCAUUUAAUUCUGCCAAAGCAUCUGCCUUAUUACCUGUCGAUAUUUACAUUGGUGGUGUAGAGCAUGCAAUUCUUCAUCUUUUGUAUGCAAGAUUUAUAUCCAAGGCUUUGUAUAAACAAAGAGCUUUUUUUGAAGUACCAGGGAUAAAACCUGGUCACGGUGAGCCUUUCAACAUUCUACUUACACAGGGUAUGGUUCAUGGUCGCACAUUUAAAGAUCCAAAUACUCAAAGAUUUUUAAAGCCUGAAGAAGUUGAUACAUCCGAUUAUGCAAAUCCAAAAAUUAUUGCGACUGGUGAAUCACCUUUAAUUUCGUUUGAAAAAAUGUCAAAAAGUAAAUAUAAUGGUGUAGAUCCUGUGUCUGUUAUCAAGGAAAAUGGUGUGGAUCCUACACGUCUUCAUAUACUCUACAAAGCUCCGCCCUCUGAAGUACUUGAAUGGGAAGAUUCCAGUAUUGUCGGCAUGCAGCGUUGGCUUGUAAAAGUAUUGAAACUUUCCCAGACAUUAAAAACUGCAAGUCAAACACCUUUACCUCAAUUAAAUUCUAUGACUUCUGUAGAAAGAGAGAUGUAUCGAUUCACAAACCAAACUAUUAAGCAAAUUACAGAUGCUAUGAUGACUACAUAUUCUUUUAACACUGUGAUCUCCGACCUUAUCAAGUUAUCAAAUUAUAUUAGUUCAACAAAGGAUCUUCAAGCAAAUUCAGGAGUGUAUCAGCAUGCUGUCACGUCAUUAGUGAAAAUGAUGGCACCUAUGGCUCCAUCAAUAAGUGAAGAGUGUUGGGAAGCUCUUGGACAAGAGAAGAGUAUUUUUGAACAUUCUUGGCCUGAAUUUGAUCCUAAUGCGUUGGAGAAACAAGAAUUAAAGUGUGUUAUUCAAGUAAAUGGUAAAACAAGAUUAAAUAUGACUAUUUCGAAGGAAUUAGCAAACAAUGCUAGUGAAAUUGAAAGGCUUGUAAGGGGUUCAGAGGUUGGUCAGAAAUGGCUUUCUGAUAAACCUAUUAAGAAGUUAAUUAUUGCCAAGAAAGGUGAACUUGUUAAUUUUGUGAUUUAAAUAAAAGGAAAAAAAAGAUCUAGAUUGUAUAAAUUUUAUCCAAAAAA